CGUAGAGCAGCGAGCGGAAUUGGUUCGCACUUUGCAAGAUGCUGCCAGUGCUUGCUGCCUGCCUUUGGCUCGGGCCAGCCGUCUUGUUGCAGGGAGCACCCUGCGAACGUGUCAGAAUCCCGAUGUGUAAAACAAUGCCCUGGAAUAUCACUCGGAUGCCCAACCAUCUUCAUCACAGCACACAGGAGAAUGCUAUUCUCGCCAUCGAGCAAUAUCAGGAACUGGUGGACACCAACUGCAGUCCACUGCUGCGCUUCUUUCUCUGCGCAAUGUACGCACCCAUCUGCACGUUCGAGUUCCUUCACGACCCCAUCAAGCCGUGUAAGUCCGUUUGCCAGACGGCAAGAGACGGUUGCGAACCUAUUAUGAGAAGGUACAACCACAGCUGGCCCGAGAGUCUGGCAUGCAGCGACUUACCUGUUUAUGAUCGGGGGGUUUGCAUCUCACCGGAGGCAAUUGUCACCGAUGGGCUUGCAGAUGCCAUGUGGAUGGACAUCACCCGCGAUAUGAUCGUUCUGGAGCCUUCUGACUGCAUGAGUUGGAACGCAGGUCGUUGUAAAUGUAGAAAAAUUAAACCAACGCUGAAAACAUACUUGGAAAAGAACUAUGAUUAUGUUAUCCGAGCCAAAGUAAAAGAUGCGAGCAGAAGUGGUUGCAAUGAAAUCACCACAGUGGUGGAGGUUUUAGAGACAUUCAAGUCAUUGGUACCUAUCCUGCAGACUCACAUAACCCUUCUUACCAACUCUUCGUGCUCAUGUCCUCAACUGCCACAUAACCAUGACCUGCUCAUUAUGUGCUAUGUGUUGCAUUCACGACUGAUGCUCUUUAAUGGAUGUUUAGCUGAGAAAUGGAAAGAUCAGUGGUCUAAACGACUUAAGCGCUGGGAACAAAGACUAGAUCAGCAACAGCAGAUGCGUAUCAUGGAAGAAAGAAAGCAAAAUGCAGGACGUAGUGAACACAGUGGUGGUCCAAAGUCAAAUUCAAAGAAUGCAAAUAAAUCUCCUAGCAACCCCAGGAAGAUCAACAAAAAUAAAGGCAAGAAGGAAGCCAAAGAAGUAUGAACUGGAAAAUUUCUAUAACUGCAAUCAUCUAAUACUUGGAAAGUCAGAUCUUGGUUCAGUAGCAAGUAACAAUCUGCAGAUUAUUUCUACCUAUAAGCAACCUGGUAAUUAUUGCACUAUUGCAUUUCCAAAUUAUUGUUUAACAUUGUUAAAACUCUAAAACUUUAAAUGUCAUAUGCAGAUACUGCUAACCAUGUUCAUUGGUUUGCACUACAAAAUGGUGGACAUUUCUAUGCCUUCAUCUUUCUCACUUGCCAUUUUUCAUAGCAAAGGUACAUGUGAUAUCAAUCUCUUUAUUGCAGCUAAUGCUCCUUAGUAUUUCGAUACUUGUGCUACUGACUUUGUUGUUUUGCUGUAUUGGGUUUGUUGCCAAAGUGGUCUCCACAAGUCACUCUUUACAUUUGAACUGACUCUUCCCAUUGCAUAGAUCAUGUCGCUGCAAAACACGAUAUUUAGCAUUACUUAUUUAAAACAUUAUUCUGCAACACACAGCUUAAUAUACAGAGCUGCAGAUUUUCAGACUGGAUUUUAUCUUUGUAUUUUUAAUUAUUAUCUUUAUAAAUUUUUGAAAAUUUCAAGCCAUUCUUAAGAGUUUUGUGUUUCCAGGAAUGCACCUUAAUGAACAUGCAUCAAAUUUGUUAAUUUCCUGUAAUUUGUACAAAACAGUUAUCUGGAUGUUUCUGAUAAUGUUAAAACUAGUUGUGACUUUUACAAAUCCAGAUUGUAUGUCCAUAAUCUGGCAGUUUUAGGAUUAGGUCUUUACUGGACUGGAGAAUUUGCUGACUACAGACAAUGACAUAUCAGUGUCAACAUGGGAACUUCUGAACAUGUUUAAGAAGUGCUUUACAACAUAAAAUGUGAUGAUAAGAUGAAAAGCAGCUAUUUUAAGAGAAUAUAAAUAUUUUUACCUGCUAGUACAAUUUUAGCUCCUUAGUCAGUGUUGCUGUCUUUAUGUAGUUCAGGAUCUUUCUGCUGCUGGUCAUAGAAGUUGCAAAUCAACAAGACACGUUAGGGAUUUGCAAACUGUUAAAUGAUUUUAUUAAAUUUGAGGCAAAAAUACAGAAACAAAAAUAAGUAAACCCUAAGAACUGAAAUGUUGAUUGUGGUUUUAUUGGCAAUGAUUAUGUUGUGAUUGCUGGAAAUACUGAAAGUAGAUCUUUAGUAAUGUAGAAUAUCUGCAUGUGAUCAAUCACAGCUACAAUUAAUUUGAUUAUAACAACAUUUUAAUGUAAAUAACAAGAAAUUUUUUACUGAAAAGUUUUUAGAGCUUGCCUGUCCCAUUUAAGCGCAUCUCUUAAAUGCCUAAAAUUCAACAUUCCUCUCCCACAGAAAUAUGAAAUAAACAUUUAU